CUGCGACAGCUGCAUAUAAUCAGCACACAAAAUGGCAGGAGCAAUGGAGGCGCAGGGAGGGGACGACAGCGCGGCAACCGGCGCCAAGGCGGCUCAUGAGGAGGAGCGCAUUACCUUCCUAGGCCGGCCGGCGCUAGUUGUGACACUUGGCACUGGCGGCGGGGCGGGCGCUGGCGAGCGCUCGCAAAAGCGCGCCCGGCCCGAAGAGGGAGGCGACGAGGGAGCGCAGGGGGGCAUCCGGCAGGUGGCUCGCAGCAUGCUGCGUGCGCACAAGCUGGGCGUGCUGGUGCCGCUGGUGUACCAUACGGACGUGGAGAGCGGCCGGGCGGUGCUGGAGGCAGUGCCGGGCAGGCCGCUGCAGGCGCUGAUGGAGGCGGCGGUGGCGGAAGCGGAAGCGGGGUCGGCAGGGGCGGAGGCGGCGGAGGCUGGUGGCAGCGGCAAGGCCGCGGCAGACCUGGACGCGGCGGCGGUGGCCCUGGGCAAGGCGCUGGCGCGGCUGCACGACGGCGACCAGGUGCACGGCGGGCUGGGCGGCUCCAGCGUGCUGCUGCGGGACAGCGACGGAGCCGUGGUGCUGACUGACUUCCGGCGCUCCACCAACUCCCUCAUCGCCAUCGACAAGGCCUCCGACCUCGCGGCACUGGAGAAGGCGCUGUUGGAGGCGGCGGCGGGACGGGGAGGGCAGGAGGCUGCCGCAAGCACGUCGGCAGCUGCUGCGGGCGCGGAGUCGGGCGGUGAUGGGGCGAAGGCUGCGGCUGCGGCUCCCUCCAAGGCGACAGAGAUUGCCUCAGCCUUUUUCGAGAAGGUCCUGAACACCUACCGCCCGUCAUCCCGGAUGUGGUCAGCCGUACACAACAAGCUGGCAGAAGUGCGUGGACGAAAGGCGGUGUCACAACCCGGCCAAGCAGCGGCAGCGGCAGGGUCAGGGGCGAAAGCAGCGGCCGCAAACAAGAAAGCUAAGACAGAAGCUGCGAAGUAGAGGCGAGCUGCCGCGCUGGGUGCGGAGCGCUUGCGUGUUCCCAACGGGUAUGACGGCAGCGACACACGAGGGGGUGGCGGGCGAGGGGCGGGCUGCUUGGAUGAGGGUACGGCGGGGGUGUGCUGGAGCCGUGGGCGGCAGGGCGGCUCGACGGCGGCCCUUGCUUCGGCAUGGGCUGGGGCUGAAGCAUGGUGAGCAAGGGGCCGGCGGUGGCACAAACGUGCACGACGGUUGAGGUGUAUGUCCCGUGUUUGCGGGCUGAGCACGGCUUCAUCAUAGGUCUUUGGCGCAGCGCACAGGCACCUAGGACUGCCUUUGAUUGUGUGCCGUUGGUAUGCACGCUGCUGGUAUGGGCCACUGGGGCUUUUGGAUGUGGCGUGUGGGGCAGCACGUUGGACAAUGCAGCUGGCGGCCUCGGACGACAGACACAAGGACUUGAAGAUGGGUACCCCCGGACGGUUCAGGCUUUCGGGCGGGGGGCGGUGCCCGAUGCCGUGGUGCGGUCGUUUCGCAGGGCCGGCGCCAGGCGGCACGAGAUCGCAUGGAUUGAUGCAUGGGAGGCCGGCUGUGCUGGGUGCUGAGUGCUGGGUGCUGAAUGCUGAAAGCUGGGGCAGCACGAGGUGGGCCCGGGAUGGGAGCCAUGGCAGUGCGACUGUGCGAAUUAGGGGGGGGGGGCGGGGUGAACCGGGGCAGGAUUGGCAGCGCCUGGCCCGGGAUGGGCGCAAUCCUACGGGCCAUUCAGCCCAUUCUUGCGGGCCGCACGGCGCAGACUGCAUGGCUGUGUGCAAAUGUAAGCGUCAGCUACG